AUGGGGUUCGAGAUUGGGGCGAUUUGGGGUUCAAGAUAUGGGAAAAUCAAACAAAAAGCCUUCAAGUAUGGUGCUUUUUGUGUAUGGGGUCAGGUCUACAAGGUCUCCAUCGGAGCUGCAUGGGAACUUUCAUGGUCAUCCAACCGUCUCGUGAUCCAAGUCCUUGAUGAUUCAACCGACCUUACAAUCAAGCAAAUGGUGGAGCUGGAAUGCCAGAGGUGGGCAAGCGAGGGCAUAAACAUAAGGGCAACAUGCUUUGAUACUAUGAAGAAAGUUGAGGUUUCACCAUAAAACCAAUUUGCAAUAUAGGAAGUAAUUCACACUCAACAAAUGUAAGUGGAACUAUAGUAGUUUCAUGCCACAUUGGUUAACUAGGCGAUGUGUUAAAAUCGAUUCUUUUAUGGGUCUUUUGAUUUAGACCUAGUCAAUAGUGUUAAUUGUGAAAAACUACUUAGUACUACGGUUUAGUGGUAUUCUUCUUCACUCAUAAGUGAGAGGUCUUAAGUUUGAUAUUUGCCAAAGGUAAAUUUGAACCACAUUAUUGCUGACCCAUUAUAAGGCUUAACCCAUUCUUUCAUCCCUUUAAUGUAGAUAAUUUUGUUUGUUAAAAAAAAAAGUGAAAAAAACCUACCUGUCUGCACUAAUAAAUAUAAUCCACUCAAGCAACCAGACGAUGACAAUAAUACUGGUG